AUGAGUAUAUAUGAAAAGAGAGUAGAGGAUUACUAUAAGUAUAAUGAGAAAAAAGAAACUACAUAUGUGUCAUGGUUGAGUUUUAUAACAUUUCAUUGGGUAACAGAGCUUAUAGAUAGCCUUAAAAAAGAUGAGAUUGAAUUUCCUAAAAUACAAAAAAAUGAUAAUAUUUCUUUCUAUAUAUCUAAAUUAGAACAAAAUUUAAGAAAUAUACAUGUAAAAGAAUCUGUUUUCGUUAAUAAUUUUUAUAAAAAAAAAGAUAUAAAUGUAGAAUACAAUUAUGAUUCAGAUAAAAUAAGAAGAAAUGAAGAAUAUAAUGUAUAUUAUAAUAGUGUUAUUUUGUCAAUUUUUAAAACAUUUAAAUUUCACAUAAUUUUAAUUUUUAUUUUUAAUAUUUUACAUACAUUAUUUGUAAUUAGUUCAGGGGGUUGUAUAAAUAUAUACAUGUUGCUUCUAAAGGGUGAAAUGAUUUCAUCAUUUCCUUUAUUUCUUACUAAUUCGAAUUUACUAUUUGGAUUAUUUGUAGUUAUUUUAUUAGUAUCAGAAUUUUUUUUUGAUUCUAUUUUAAAUUUUUAUUAUAACGAGCUUUUGGUAAAUAUGAAGAUAUCAAUGAUGCAUUUCCUAUAUAAAAUUAAUUUAAAUAGCUAUGAGAACCAUUUAAUAAAUGAUUAUAUAUAUAAACAUAGAGAGAAAAUUUCAGGUUUUAGAAUUGAUGAAAUUGAUGGACGAAUUUCAGAUUAUAACAUUAAUAACAAUUUUUCUUGUACAAGUAAUUUUUAUGCAGAAAAUCAUGAUAAGGAGAUUAGUAAAAAACAUUGUGUAAUAAACUUCUUUAAAAAGGAAAAGGAUAAAAAAGGGGAAGAAAUAAAACUGAAGAAUAUUGCCCAUAUAAAUAUUUAUAACGUUAUGUUUUCUGAUAUACCAUCUUUAGUUCUUUUUAUUGGAUCAAUUAUUCAAUUAUCUAAUAUAUUUGUUAAAUUUUACAUGUCUUAUUAUGUUUUUUAUAUUAAGAUGGGAUAUAAUGCAGUAAUACAUGCACUAUCAUUAUCUAUUGUAUUAUAUAGUUCAGUGAUUUUAUUUGAAUUUUUACCAAGCAUAUUUAAGAGAAAAUAUUUAAAAUAUAGGGAUAGAAGAAUAGAUAAUAUGCAUCAUAUAUUGAAUAAGUUUAAAUUAAUAAAGAUGUUUAAUUGGGAAUCUAUUGCAUUUAAUUAUGUAAAUUUUUUUCGAAAAAAGGAAAUGAAAUUUUGUAAAAUAAGACUUUAUUUGGGUAAUAUAGGAAUUUAUAUAAAUGCAAUAUCGGCUGAUAUAAUUGAAGUGGUACUAUUUUUUUUUUUUAUAAGAGAGAAAUUAAAUGAUAAAAAGGAAAUUAAUUUUAGUUCUAUUAUUAUGCCUCUAUUUGUAUAUAAGUCAUUGAUUUCAGGUGUUAUCAAUUUUCCAAAUUUAAUGAAUAACUUAAUAGAAGGUGUAGUAAAUAUAAGGAGAAUAAAUAAAUAUGUAUAUCAUCACAUAUAUUACAAUGAUAUUAAUAAUUAUUUUAAAUAUAUUUCAAGAAGCACAGAUUUUAAUAUCACAACUGGUGAAACAUAUAUUGAGAAUGAAGAAGCAAGGAAGUUAUUGCUUCAAGAGAUUUAUAACAAGAAAAAAAUAAGGUUUGUAAAUUUGUUUUCUUUUUUCUUUUUUAGUAAAAGAAAGAAGAAAAUAAAUACCAUAAAUAGAGAAAUAUUAUCAGGAUUAAGUUACAAUAUAAAUGAAAAUAUAGAAAAAGAAUAUUUCGAAUUCACAAUAAAUUGCAGAGAUGAUAAUAAUAAUAGCAUUCAUCCCAAAAAAGAGAUAGAUGAUAAAGAUAAUAAAAACAUGGUAAAGAAAAAAGAAAAUAAGGAAAUAAUAAAAUUAGAGAAUUGUUCAUUUAGUUUAAUUCAAGAAUAUCCUAGUAAAUGUGAUAAUUACAUUUUGAAAAAUAUAAAUUUUAAUUUAAAAAAUAACACUUUAGCUAUAAUUAUAGGAAAUGUAGGAUCAGGUAAAACUGCACUUUUUCAUUCAAUUUUAGGUUAUCUUAAGUUAACUUACGGUUAUAUGUAUAUUAAAAAUUUUUUGUAUAAUAUGCAAAUUUUAUAUACUCCACAGCAUAGUUGGGUACCAAUUGGAAAUAUUAGAUCAAUGAUUUUAUUUGGUAAUGAGUACAAUUCAUUUAUUUAUCGACUUACAAUAAUGCAAAGCCACUUGUUACUUGAUAUAAAAUCAUAUAAAGAUGAAGAUAUGAGAUAUAUUAGUGAUGAAAAUAAUUUAAGUGAAGGCCAAAAAACAAGGAUUUCAUUGGCAAGAUCUUUGUAUCAACACUAUAUACAUAUGUACAAAUUGGGUUAUAAUUGUGAGAAAGAAAGAAUUAUGAGAAAACGACUUAAUAAAGAAAUUAAUAUGCAUGAUUUAAUAAAUGAUAGUUACAAUAAAAAUGAAACAAAUAUGCAGAAUGAUUUAUUCUAUAGUUACAUUAGAAAUCACGUGAGAAAGAAAAAUAUUACCUAUUUGUAUUUACUUGAUGAUGUUUUUACAUAUCUAGAUCCAUCUAUAUCUAAAAAUAUAUUUUAUAAUUUAUUUUGUAGAGAAGAACAAAAUAAAUAUUUUAAAGAUAAUUGUAGUUUUAUUGCAUCUAUGAAUAAGAAUACAUUUGAGAGUUUUUUAACUAAUGAAACUCUAGAUAAUAUUCAUUAUAAUGUAGACAUUUAUAAGUUGGAAAAUUUCACUUUGCAUUAUAAUGGAAAUAUAUCAAAAUACAUAAAGGAAAAUAAUAUAACUAUAAAAAAAGAAAAUAACUUGAAUAAAAAAAAAUUAACAAUAAAUAAUAUAAAAUUAAAAUAUGAUUUUAAUGGAAACAAAUAUAAUAAAAAAAAUGAUUAUAUGAAUUUUAAGAAAUCUACUUUAUCAAAAAGGCCAGAAAUAAAUUAUUCCUUUAAGAUAAAUAAUGACAGUUUUAAACAACAUAAUAAAGAAAAAAUAAUUACGUCAAUAUAUUUAGAUAAUGAUAAAAAUAUUGGUAAUAGUAAAAAUAAGAAUAAUGAUUCUAUUAAAAAAUUGAUAGAAGAAGACAAUAAUUUAUUUGAAUAUAAAAAUAUUAGUAAGAAUUCAUCGUUAGAAUUAGAACACGGUGACAAUUUAAGUAUCUCAUAUAUUGGUGUUGAUGAAGAUGAGUCAUAUUUUAAAGGAAAGAUACAAUUGACAACAUACAUAUGGUAUUUAAAACACGUUGGUUAUGUAUUAAUAUUUUAUAUAGUACUUUUUAUGCUUAUAUCAUCAUUUACAGAAGAAAUAAAAAAUUUCCUGUUAUACAUGAUUAGUAUAAUUUCAAGAAAAGAUGAUGAAUAUUCAAAUAAAAUUCUACAACAACAAACUAAAUAUUUACAUUUAUUUGUAUUAUUUCCGAUAAUAUCAUCAAUAGCUUCCUUUAUCUGUUUUAUAUUGAUAUUACAUGGUACAUUAUUAUCAGCCAUAAAAGUUCACACAAAUGUAUUGGUGAGUAUUUUAAGUAUUCCAUUACAUGUGUAUUAUAAUAAUAAUUUAGGUAAUAUUAUAAAUAGGUUUAUAACUGAUAUUUAUUCAUUGGAUUAUGGAUUUUUGAAGAGAAUAUAUAAGGCUGUUUUUGUUUUUUUUCGACUUUUUUUGUCUGUUGUUUUAUUAAUUUUUUUGAUGAAGGAUACUAUUUUUAUUUUUCCUUGUAUAAUUUUAUUAAUUUACUUUUUUGUUUUUAAAAAAUAUUCAGAAGGGUUUAAAGAAGCCCAAAGAGGUUACUUAAGGGCUCAUUCUCCUUUAUGUAACAUGUAUAGUAAUAUUAUAUUAGGAAAAAAUAUAAUUAACUUAUAUAAAAAAAAUGUUUACUUCUUAAACAUAUAUGAACACUAUAUAACUCUUUUUAAAAAUUAUAGUCUUUCAAAAAGAUCAAUAACAAUAUGGGCUUCUUUGUAUACGAGAUUUAUUGUUUUAAUAUUAACUACUUAUUAUAUAAUGUAUCCUCUUUUAAUUUUUAAUAUUAUUCCUAAUAUGCAAAAAGAAACUAAUUAUGAAAAAAUGUUAAGUACAAUUGGCUAUUGUAUUACCUUUUCUUCAAGGAUUGGCAUAAUUAUAAAAAUUCUCCUUUGUGAUUAUACAUAUGUAGAAAAAGAAAUGUGUUGUGUGCAGAGAUUAGAAGAAUUAUCAAAAAUGUCUAAUGGAAUGCAAUGUUUAAAUAUAGAGGAUGAAGGAGAACAAGAAAAAAAAAAAAAAAAAAAAAAAAACAUCUCUGGUUAUAUGGGUAAAAAAUUAUCUUUGAAUGAUAAAACAGAUCUUUUUUAUGUAGAUGAAUUAAAAAAAAAGUAUAGUAUAUAUAUUGAAAAUCUCUUUGUUAGUUACAAAAGAAAAGUACUUUUAGAUAAAAAAAGUAAUACUUAUUGUUACGUAGAUGAAGAAUCAUAUUUAAAAAACAUUAACAUGUAUGCAUUAAAAAAUCAGAAAAUUGGUAUAAUAGGUAAAUCAGGAUCAGGAAAAAGUACUAUCAUUUUGUCUAUACUUGGAUUACUUCCUUUUAAUGAAGGAAAAAUAACAAUUGAAGGAAUAGAUAUUAGAAAAAUUAAUAGAAGAGAAAAAGAUAAUAUUAUUGGUGUACUACCUCAAUCAACGCUUUUUUUUUUUAAUUGGAAUAUAAGAAUGCUUAUUGAUCCUCAUCAAAAUUUUAGUGAUGAAGAAAUUGUUGACACUUUUAAAUUAUUUGGCAUAAAUUUAAGUUUUACUGAUUUAGAUAAAUAUAUAUAUAAACAACCAAAAAAAAAGAAUAAAGAAAAAAAAAAAAAAAAAGGAAAAAUUAAUGAUUCAAGUAAUAGGAUUCUUUUAACGGAUGAAUGCAUGCGAUACUUAUCAUUAGUUCGACUUUUUUUAAACAGAUACAAAUAUAAAUUAAUAUUAAUUGAUGAAAUUCCUAUUUUUAAUUUUGAUAAUGUUGAUUUAGAGUUAAAUUAUUCUUUAAUUGGUAAGGUAAAGCCAUUUAAUUAUAUUAUAAAAAAUUACUUUUGUAAUAAUACGGUUAUAAUAAUUUCUCAUAACACACACGCAUUAUCAUGCUGUGACUUCAUAUAUGUUAUAAGAAUGGGAGAAGUAGCCUAUCGGUGUAGUAGCAAAGAUAUAAAAACACAAUCGGAAUUAGCAGACUUACUAGAAAAAGAUGAAUAA